UUUCAUUCACUAGUUGGCCGUCAGAAAGUUGGUAUCUUAACACGUUGAAUUGAAUCAAGAACUGAAAGAAAUAGAAGACGAAGAUGGCUCAGCAAAUUCCAGAAUAUAAGGUUUUACCUGAGAUCAAGACGGAAGAAAUGUUAAAGAUGUUCAAAGGCGAGAGGACUGGCUGGGUCUUAGUAGGUCCAAAAAAAUAUUUUUUUCCAAUGAGAUUCAUAGAGCAGGGCACUGGUUUCUACAACUUCAAAGCCAGGCCGGAUGAUACUUGGGUUGCUUCAUAUCCGAGAUCAGGUAUAUAUACAGGUACUACGUUGACACAAGAAUUGGUUUAUCUGUUAUCUAAUAAUUUGGACUUUAAGACGGCGGGAAAAAAAUUACUCGCCGAGAGGUUUCCCUUUCUCGAAUUCAGCCUAUUUAAUCACCCUGAAGUGACAUGCGAGUUUCUUCAAAUCAAUAAGAACGAUCUUACGAAACAGGAAUUAUGCCGAGAAAUAGCUAAACCUGGUUAUGAGCUCGUUUCCGCUAUGACAUCGCCCAGAUUUAUUAAAACUCAUUUUCCAUUCAGCAUGUUGCCUUCUGGACUUUUAGACAUUGGUUGUAAGGUCAUUUACGUGGCUCGCAAUCCUAAAGACGUAGGCGUGUCAUGGUAUAAUUUGAACCGAUCGAUUAAAACGCAAGGAUAUAUUGGUGACUUUCCCACUUUCUGGAAUUAUUUCGAAAAUGAUCUUACACCAUGGAGUCCUUACUGGGCUCAUUUAAAAGAAGCCUGGAACCUGAAAGAUCAUCAAAAUCUUUUGUUCUUAUUUUAUGAGGAAAUGACAUGUGAUUUUCCGAAAGCAAUCAGGAAAGUAGCAAAAUUCUUGGGCAAGACAUACACCGAUGAAGAGAUAGACAAAGUGGCAAAUUAUUUGGAUAUUAGAAACUUUCGCAACAAUCCAAUGGUGAACUGUUCUGAGUUAAGAGCCUGUAGCAUUAUAGAAGAGGGAAAUUUUGUUAGAAAGGGUGGCAUUGGUGGAUGGAAGCAUAUGUUUACUCCGGAACUUGAUGCCAGAGCAGAUAAAUGGAUCGAGGAGAAUCUCAAAGACACUGAUCUGCGUUUCCCAUUUUUUAAUAAUAACAUAGACAAUAACAAUUGAGAAAGUGAACCUUUGAUAAAUCGAUGAGAUGUUAAUUCCGAGUAAAGAUUGAUUGUUUAAUAAAUGUACAUAUUUAUUUUUUUUUUGUUUUUUCUAAGUACUUUGAUAAAAAAAACUUUAAUUAACUUAUUUA